ACGUGGAGUCGAGGUGAUACAUCCCCGGAUAGUUAGGAAACUACAAGAAAGUUACACAAGCGAGUUAGAAAUGCGCUGAUGUGAUUGUGAACAAUAAUUUGUACUAGUCAAGUCAUCCAGUUAUUCACUCUAUCACUGAGUUAUGUCGAAUAAACUUAGUGUGAAAAACAUGUAGGUACCAACACUUAAUUCAAUAUUUAAUUUAUAUCCCUGCAGCAUCGAGAUUUUUGUUAACUAUUUACUUUACAUUCAUUUGACAGGACUAGCAAAUUUAGUGCUUAUCUGCCUAUCAAAAUGUCAGUCACGUCAGAAUCUUUACCGACCGAAAAUAAGCGCCCGAAAAUUGAAAAUGGCGUCUCAUCCAGCCCCGUCAAACUCCGUUUCAAGAAAUUAACUGACCAAGCAACGACUCCUACUCGUGGUUCAGCAUUUGCUGCUGGUUACGACCUUUAUGCUGCAUAUGACGCUAUUAUUUCCGUUGGAGGCAGAGGAUUGGUCAAAACUGACAUACAAAUUGAAUUGCCUGAUGGAUGUUACGGCCGCGUUGCUCCGAGAAGUGGUUUAGCCUUGAAAAAUGGAAUCGAUGUGGGUGCUGGUGUUAUUGAUCAGGACUACCGCGGUAAUGUUGGCGUCGUACUUUUCAACUUUGGAGAAGAAAACUUCGUGGUUAAAAAGGGCGAUCGUAUAGCUCAGUUGAUUUGCGAGCGUAUUUUCUGUCCAGAAUUAGUGGAGUGUGAAUCACUAGAGGAAACACAACGUGGCUCAAGUGGUUAUGGUUCUACUGGAGUAUGAGAUGUAAUACAUGUACGCCCAGAUUUCCUAUUUUCCUAAUACAGAUUUUGUACAUGUAAA